AAGCCCUAUGUCCUGAAGAUGCACUUCACAAACAAGUAUGUUCAUGCCCAAGUAAUCCAUGCACCAGCUGCAACCGUAGCUUCGUUUUCAAGCUCACGAGAGAAGGCCUUAAGAUCAAGCAUGGAAUCUACUUGGAAUGUUGCAGCUGCUGCCGCCAAGAUUGGGAAGAAAUUUGGGGAGUUGUUGCUCAAAGAAAUUCUAGCCGUUUGAGUGUUCUUAACAAAAUAGUCAAUAUCGU